AUGAUUCUGAGAUUUUUGAGCGUUCUGUGCGUCGGAGUUCUGGUGGCUUCGUUGCAGAACGUCGAGGGAAACAACGACAAUGAAGAUAUACCGUACUUAGAGUUGGCGGAGCCAGAGGAGGGAUACCAUGGGCUGAUCAGAGAGAACGAGACCCUGGUGGAGGUGACGCCUGUCAUCAGAGCGAGAGGGCCGCUGUGUUCUUUCCUCAUACUGAACAACAAACACCACGGGGAGGCACCGUUUGAGAUAAUGGUGAUAGACGAAAACGAAGCUCGCCUGCGUGUACGCUACCCGCUCAAUUGCGAGAAGCGACGCAACUACAAGUUCGACAUCGCCGCCGUCGGCUGUGAUGGAUCCUACUCCAACACUGUCCCAGUGCACAUUACUGUGACCGACGUGAAUGAGUACGCACCGGUCUUUUCGCAAGCAUCCUACGUGAAGGCUGUCGACGAGGGAAGAAUUUAUGACGAGAUCCUCAGGGUGGAAGCGACCGAUAAAGACUGCACGCCGAGAUACGGAGAUGUGUGCAAAUACGAAAUACUGACCGACAGGAGUCAGCCCUUCACUAUCGAUAAUGAAGGCGUUAUCCGGAAUACUGAGCCUCUGGACUACGAGAAGUCGCAUAACCAUAUUCUGUCAGUGGUUGCGUACGACUGUGGUAUGCUGCAGUCUGUACCUGUUAUGGUCACCAUAAAAGUCAACAAGCCUUGCAGAGCUGGGUGGAAGGGUAUAGCAGAACGUGUAGACUACGCCCCGGGCAGCGGUCCUCUGGCGCUGUUCCCGGAGGCUCGGCUGGAAGCCUGUCAGUCGGACGAGCGUUGUCCAGGAGUAACUCGAAUUCAGGCAGCCGUCACGCUGCACACCUCGCGCGGCGCCGCCUGCGAUCGGGACACUUAUGCCCUACACGCUCAGAAGGCUGCAUGCGGUUUGGAUCCAAAGACGAUUGACCUUCUGCCCAGUCCUGGAGCUGGAAACGAAUGGGUCAAAUCAUUAAAACCUGAUUCAGGUCGGGAGGGCGAGCAAAUGUUCGAAUUCGACGGUGACACAUCGGCGGUGGUGCCGGAGUCAGUGUCUGCCCAUUCUCUGCCGGAGACUUUCAGCGUGACGGCGUGGCUGCGGCACGCGCCCGCACCUGACGCGGACAAGCACACCAAGGAGCAUUUGCUCUGUCUCGCCGAUGACCACAAAAUGAACCGUCAUCACUAUGCCGUGUUCGUCCGGAACUGCCGUUUGAUUUUGCUUUUACGUCGCGACUUCGAUAAUGGUGAUCUGAACGUCUUCCGUCCUGCCGAAUGGCGAUGGAAGAUUCCAGAGGUGUGCGAUAACGAAUGGCAUCACUAUGCACUCAACGUCCGCUUUCCUAACGUGGAGUUGUUCAUCGACGGUGAGCCAUACCGCGGAGCGGACGGUAAGGGCCCGGAGGUCAUCGAUGAUUGGCCGCUGCAUCCAGCGCACGGACUCAACACCACGCUCGUGGUGGGCGCCUGCUGGCAGGGCACGGAGAGUCUGAUGCGUCACGGUCUGCGCGGGGGGCUGGCGGGGCUGGGGCUGCUGCGGGGCGGCGUGCAGGCGCCCCGCGCGCUACAGUGUGUGGCCCGCUGCAGGGAGGGACUCAGUCUGGCACCUGAUCUAUAUCUACGAUCGGUAUCGGUGGAGGGGGAUGGUGUGGCGGACGUGGAGACGUUGUUGAGACGUGUAUCAUACGGAGAUGCGCGCGCAUUCCCCACCGUCGGGCGACGGAACGUACACCUGGACACCACCAUUACAUGCGACAACGGCCGCGUGCUGAAGGCCCGCGCGGCGGAGGCGUACGUGAUGGUGCUGCAGCCGCAGACGCCCAGCAUCCUGCUGAACGGGACCGCGGACCGCGCGCGGGACUACUCCCACUUCCGCGCGGGACUGCCCGUCUUCCCCGACCUCAGCGUGCGCGUGCUCGCCCGCCCCGACCCCGACAAGCCGAUGGAAGAAGCGGAGAGCCAGAAGCUGGACUCGUGUGUGGUGUCAGUGUACCCGGCUCUGAAUCCGGAUCACGAGGCGUUGUCCCUGUCCCUGGAUGCGGCCCCUGCGCAGGUAGACAUCCGCGCAGCCGUCACCAGGGACGGAGUGGCACUCGCCGGUGCCGAUACCGUGCACAACUACCAGAAGGUGUUGCGCGAGAUCGAGUACAGCAACAAGAAGCCGGCGUACUAUUUGAACCGUGUGUUCAAACUGACUUGUUCCGAGCUAAAUGGACGUUUCACCAGCAACGAAUACGUGCAAACUCUAACUGUUGUACACCCGCACAUGUCCGGGGAGGGCUUGUCUCGUGAGUUGCAUCCCAGUGGAGUCGCUGACAAGCUUGAUAAUGUUGCUCGCGACACACAGAGUGGACACGCGCACGCGCACGAGGGCCGCGCGAUGUCUCCGCGCGCGUACGCUGCGCACGCGCAACGUGACGCGCAUUCCGCGGACGUGCCCACGCCCCGCCUCAUAGACCUGCGCGCCGACCAUUCACCUAACAACCACGUGGCGCUGCUGAUCGGCGUAGUGUCGUGCGGGGCGGUGGUGGCGCUAGCGGCGCUGGGGGCGGCGCGUGCUGCCCGCGCGCGCGCCCCCCGCGCCCGCCCCCGCCCGCACCCGCGCGACCCCGACAUGGCCUGGGACGAUUCCGCCCUCACCAUCACCGUCAACCCCAUGGACGAGACGGGCGGAUCAUGCGCAAGGCACGCAGCUGUGGCAGACAGCUCGGAUGGGGAGUCAUGCUCAGACUCCGAGUCCGACAGGCACGACUCUGACGAUGAUGACGAUGACCACGUGAUGCGUGGUAAACAACACAAAUACAGGAACAUCAGCCAGUUGGAGUGGGACAACAGCACGAUGUAAUCUCCCCUCCUCCCUCCCGAGCACAGUACUUAACGCACUGCACCUAUCGCCGUCUCUCUUUCGCACAGGCGCCCUCUCGUUCGCGCUCGACUGCCUAUCUGCAAUAUGGCUGUCGGCUGACCACUUCGUUUUCAAAACGACUGAUCUGCAUUUCAGUUUUCUUUAUUAAUGUAAAAUACUUUACGGUACUAGCAAUAAUGUUACAUAUCUUCUGAAGUUAGUUUAUUUUUUCUUUAAUCCAACACUUAUUUCUGUUUUUUGUAUAGUUUGAGAAAUAUAACUCAAGGCAGCUUAUAUUGCAUGUGAGCCAUUUCAUCUUGUACACAGAUAAGGAAUUGAUUUUUUAUAAUUGAUAAAUUAUAUAAUUUGAGACGUGCGUAGUUGUUACUAGCUUUCGCACAGUCGUAGCACAAAUCUGCGAUCGACGGACGUACGCACAAUUUUUUUUAUUAGUAGCAAGUAUGAAAAUAAAUAGAUGAAUGCAUAGAGGUUGUGAUGGUACAAUUUACAGACAAAAUAUUUUGUUUCAUUAUUUGUAUUUAACAACUGACAUUAUUUUCGUUUUAUAUUAACUAAAUCCUAAAUUAUAUAGGUAAUUUUAAAAAAAUGUGUUAUGAUACCACUUAGGUACGAUAUUUCAAUAUCUAUAUUGUAACUAAUCUGGUUCUAAUAAAUUAAUUAACGCCUGUUGUGUUAUUUUGAUUUAUGUGAAUGAGCGACAUUUAUAAUCCCGUACUUUUAAAUGUAAAUGGAAACAAUCACGUCAGUCCGUCGAUUUUGCAGCACAUUUCUUUGAUAGUAUAAUUAUGUGUAAGAUUUCAAAAAUAAUGAUCAUAUCAAAAUGUUUAUACGUAAAACGAACGGUUUGUCCUUGCUUGCUUUCGUAGUUCGGUCUCUUCGACAAUUUUUCUAUUAAUUUCUAUUUAUGAUAAGAGGGAAAAAAAGAUAAAACAUUGUAUGUAUUAAAAAUAUUUAGUAGUCGAUGUAAUUUCGUAUGAAGUGGUAAGUUUAGUAUAAGUCAGAUACUACUAAUGUAUAUUACUAAGUAAGCUUUACUAAUGCUGCGCAAGUUGUUUAAAGGAAUUCCAAGAUGGCGCCGGCGAGUUGCGUUUUGUUUCUCCGUCCCUGUUGCGUUUCGUUGUCGCUUUCCUUGUCAAAUGUUCGACGAACGUUCAUUAGGAGUUGUGUAGAGAUUAUAGAACUCCAUAUGAACGCGUCGUUGCGUCAUGUUGGUUUUCUUUUUGGUGAAUUUAUGUUCAAUACGGAAAUCAUUGUUCAAAAAAAUGCAUUUAUGAAUAAGUUGUGGUACAAAAGCCACCUGGCUUUUUCUGAAGUAGUGAACGUUUUGUCUUAAGGCAAAAGAAAAAAGUCCAAAAUAUUUCUACCCUUUACGAGCUUCUCAAACAAAAAUCGGCUUAAAUGUAUAUUAGGCACAGAGUUAUUUGAAAAAUAAAAACAUAGUUUUACGAUAUACACUUAUACAGAUGGUGUCUGUCUAGGAUCAGCUAUUAUAAAACUAUAUAAUUAAUUAUAUAUAUAUUUUGAAUGCGUUAAGGGAAUUUUUACUAACAAUUAGGUACUAAGUGGCUAUAUGUUAGAUUUGACACUAUAAAAAGUGGGAAAUGGCAGUGAUCGCAUCGGCCCACGUAGCUUUUAAGAAAAUUAGUUAGGUUUUUCUUUCAACUACUUGCUUGUGAACGGUGUAUAGCGGUCUCGCUCGCGCCGCAUAGCUCCGUCUCUAUCGAGGUGUUGCAUAUCAUGGUCCAUCUGCCAUAUUAGUAUAGAUAUAUAAGCGGGACACUGGAUGUAAACAUAAGCAAUCUUUUUGGACAUAAUCAUUGGUGUACGUAUGUACUGUAGACGACCGGGUGUCGUUUCUCGUUACCCCACUACUUUUCUGCACGUUGUUAUUCGUUCACUCGACGAUUUAUCACUUUUGACAGUUUUCACUUUUGACUGGUGUCACUUUUGUCAAAAAAACAAUGACACUACUGAUUUUUUACUUGUGUUGUUUCGUGAGUUGUCAAAAGUGAUAUGAUUCGUUCGAGGGAGUGUAGCGAGUCGUGUGUUGUACGUUUGUGUUUCUUCUUCUAAAUUGUGGUUCCUUUAGAACAUUUUAGUGCCAUUAGGAGGAUUAUUGUAGUUGAUUUUUUGUUUGAUUACCGCAUUAUCGUGCAUUGGCACGCCAGACAGAGAAACAAGUUUUGUUAUAUCAAAAUAAUAAAAGAUGUGUUGUUUGUUUUACACUUGAUAACCGUCCAACACCCAUUUCCCAUUUUUACAUUUUAUAUAUAUUUUUAAGAUCUGAAUGUUUAUUUUUUUCUGGUUUUACCUACGGACAUGGCUCAGACCCGCACAAUAGAAAUAUAUUUGUAUUUUUUUUCUAUACUUUAAGGCAAUCUCGAGAGUAUUAAAUGAGGUAGCUAUUUUUAAUUGAUUUUGUAUCAAUUAUUUUGUAUUUUUUUUUAUUAUUAUUGUAUUAUUGCGGUAUUAUUACAGUAUACUUAGGAAACUUCUUUCAUGUAUGAAUUAUUAUAUUUUAGCUAAAAAUAAAGUUGGUUU